CUGCGCAGCGCACCCCGGACCGCGCGCGGGGACCUGCGUUAGGCGGCCAAGAGUCUUGGGUUUCCGGCACUCCGGCGACCCAGGCGCAUACGGGGAGGAAGGGUGGGAGGAGAGUGGCUCUUCUAGCUCUUCGUAAGGCGGGCGACGGAGGGGCGCGGAGCCUUAGCAGGCCUGCCCCGCGACCUUCAGGGCCGGCCCUCAGUGGAACUGGUAGCAGAGCGAGUGGCGCCCGGUCGAUGCCCGCCGCCCACGCUGACUGGGGAACGCCGGCGCUGACCGAGGCCCCCGCCCCGCUGACCAGGGUCGCCCGCGCAAAUCGGGGACGCUUACUUCACAUAGGUCGACGACUCCGGCCUACCGGGGACACCGACCCCCGCUGACCCCGGACGUCACCAGCCACGCAAGGGCAGUCACACCUGGUCCACGCUUCCAGGAAAAAGUGACUCUUCAUAAAUGUACGAUCUUUUUUAAGAUGAGAUUUUUAAAAUUCACAGUAAUAGCUACUAUUUUUGAACAUCCCCGACUCCCACAGGCACGGGAGCUCCUGGGCAGAGGCCUCCUUCAGCAGGCCCAGAGAUGGCAUCGGUGGACUUCAAGACCUACGUGGAUCAAGCCUGCAGAGCUGCUGAGGAGUUCGUCAACGUGUACUACACCACCAUGGAUAAGCGACGGCGCCUGCUGUCCCGCCUGUACAUGGGAACGGCCACCCUGGUGUGGAAUGGAAAUGCUGUUUCAGGACAAGAGUCCUUGAGUGAGUUUUUUGAAAUGUUGCCUUCCAGUGAGUUUCAGAUCAAUGUGGUAGACUGCCAGCCUGUCCAUGAUGAAGCCACUCCAAGCCAGACUACAGUCCUUGUUGUGAUCUGUGGGACAGUGAAGUUUGAGGGCAACAAGCAACGGGACUUUAACCAGAACCUCAUCCUGACCGCCCAGGCCUCACCCAGCAAUACGGUGUGGAAAAUAGCAAGUGACUGCUUCCGGUUCCAGGACUGGGCCAGCUAGUGGUGGCAAGAAAGGCCUCUGUUUCACCCCCAGCUCUGUAGGGAAACACAGAUCUCAAAAUGUGGGGACAUAAGUUCCUUUGUGUUACUUCAGGCCACACCACCCCAUCUUAACUCUGCAUUUGUUGGAGUCCCAUAAACCCCCUUCUGAACGUAGUCUUUGUCAUAGAUGCCUUUUCAAAGUAGUAAACUUUUCUAUUUUUCUACUUGCCCAGUAGAUAUUUUGGUUCUCGAAAUUUCUGACAAAUAAAACAAUACAAAUGCUA